CAUGCAUCCAUCAAGUCUAUAAAUACCCGCAUGUGUACGUAGUCUAGUACUCGUACAUCACACAAAUACAAUCUUCUAUAGUAAUCUAUCUUUACGCCGAGGUACGUAGGAAAAAUGGCAUCAAUCCAGUGUGAGAGGAAGGAGGAAGUAGCUGCGCAAUUGAGCUGCGAGCAGAAAGCAACUUUAGACGAGUUGAUCAAGUGCGCAGAGAAAACACUUGUGUCCGAGGAUAUCGCGAACAAGUCCCGUGCCAUCGUUGCUGAAAAGGAAUGCCUAAACAAGGCUGACGCUGCGGCAGCACGUGUAUCCGCGGUAGCAGGUGUCUUGACAAACCAGACUUCUUCAGUAUCCUUGGCUGUGUUUGGCACCAAGCAAUGGGCGGGGUAUCCCGUGACAAACUUCCCAGAUCCUCUUGAAAGCGUGGGUCCCUUUGCACAAGCAGCCUUGUUUGGGAGUGUUAAGGGCGCGGUGGUUUAUGGUGGCAAAAACCGCGCAGGUGUUGAAUGUGGUUGGCUCCUUGCUUGGUCCGAUGGGACAGGAAGGAAGAUCUACGCGGAGUGUGGUCCUAGAAGCAAGUUCAACAACAUCGACUGGAAUCGGAUUGAAAAGAAUUUGGAUAACUCCGGGAUCAUCGCUAGUGCCAAUGACAAGGAAACCGGAACUGCAGUGUAUGCUACAAUUCUCGGCGCCUCGGUUGGAUCUGCAGUUGCUGCAGGCUACACUGGUUAAGCAAAAUUCCUACGUAAUACGAUGACCAAUAAUAAUAAUAAUAAUGUACUAGAUCCGAUCCAGCUGGUCUAACUAGUUUUUAAUAAUUUGUUGUUGUUUUUCAUUAUUACGGGGGCAUUAUGAACCUACCUGUUGUUGUACGUAAUAAGAACAUGCAAAACUAGCAAUGCAAGCUUGUAUUUGCAUGUUUAGUUAAACAACAGUCUAUAAAUGCUAGUACUAAAUAAAAGUGCCCUUCUUUCUUAUAUUCAAA